AUGAUAUAUAAAGAUGGUGAACUGCUCAGUGCAACACAUAGAGGCGCUGGACCCCUAGCUUGCAGCUAUACAGCUGAAUCCGUCGCGCUAUACGAAGGUUUACGGAGACUCCUCAAAAUAAUCCCUGCAAAUAACCCAACACCAUGCAGGGUCUCCAUUUUCACGGACUCACUGUCUCUUCUCACGGCACUGGAAACAGGCCCACUGACCGUCAAAGACCCUAUACUACGACUCCUGUGGAACCUCCUCCUCCAAGUGCAACGUCGCAAAGCCCGCAUACGGUUACAAUUUAUAUUUUGA